AUGAAGGAUCGCUUUGAUGAGCUACGACAGUGCAUGAAAGACAGCCAAGGACAGCGUGGAGAUGACAACCCUGUCACCCACCACCACGAGGACGAAGAUAACGUGUCCCCUCUCGGCCCGCAGGCCGUGGUCUUCGAAGCUGAGCCCGUGCUGAAGCAUUUCCUGGAGGAGGCCAGACGCGUCGGUGAUGGCAUCAACGAGCUGGAGGCGGAGGUGAGGAAGAUCAGCCAGCAGCAGAAGAACUUGGUGGCCACCAUGCUGCGCCUCAGCGUGAUGCGCAAGGAGAGCAGUGUCGUGCAGAGCAUCAAGCUUCAGGCAGAGAGCCUGCACAAGCAGCUGAAUGGCCUCUCCAGCAGGGCCGACCACGCCGAGGCUGAGCUGGGUGCGUCGGUCACCACCGUGCGGAUCCAGAGGACCCAGCAUGCAGCACUCUUCCACCGCUUCCAGAGCGUCAUGCGGCGCUACAACGAUGCGCUCAUGAGCAAGCAGGACAAGUGCAAGCGAUUCAUAGUUAGACAGCUGGAGGUGGCUGGGCAGGAGGUGUCCGAGGUGGAGGUGGAGAACAUGAUGGAACAGGGCAAAUGGGAUGUCUUCACCGAGAACAUUCUGCUGGAUGUGAAAAUCACACGCACUCAACUAUCAGAGAUCGAACAGCGCCACAAAGAGCUCGUUACUCUGGAGAGCAACAUGAAGGAGCUGAGUGACCUUUUCCUCGCUGUAUUCAUGCUUGUGGAGGAACAAGGCGUUCAGAUCGACAACAUCCAGGCCAACGUGGAAAAGACACAGGACUAUGUGGUGGUUACUAACGAGAAGUUCAAAAUAGCGUCCAGAUAUAAGAGAAGGAACCCUUUGAGAAGGCUCUGCUGCUGCUGCUGUCCUUGUAUAAGCAGCUAA